AGAAAAGACUCGGACAAGCGUCGUCGUCGGAUGAUCGUAAUCAUAUUUGGCAAAUGGCCGCUAGCCUCAGAUCCUCGUUGACGGUAACAGCAGUUAGUAGAGAGCGUUGAGUGUUAAAUGCAGUCUGUUGGUUCGGUUACUGACGUACGUUAUUUUAUUCGAGUUGUUUUAAAGGGUUAGUGAAUACCGGGGAGAUGUGAUCCAGUGAAUUUUAGGUCGCCAAUAUGGAAGAGAGCGGUAAAAAAUGUUUUGUGUAAUGUGAGCAAUGAACAGUGUUAAAAUCGGUGUAAUGAAAUCGGUGUCAGAGAGUGACUUGGGCGUGGAAGAGGUUAAAGUGUCAGGAGGAAAGUCGGUGCCAAGAAUCGACGGGGAUUCGGCGCUUGUCAAUAAAAAUUCAGAUACGAAUACGAGCAGUGCCAGAUUUAGACGGACUUUUACUUUGCCCAAAAAUCCAUUUCAGAAAGCAGCUUUGGGCAAAAUGUCUAAACGUCGUAUAAAACAUAAGGACUCGUCUAAGGAUUCGUCAAACACGACGACUACUAUAACCACCUCGACCCAGAGCGUUAAGGGAAACUUAAAAAGCAACUUGGACCAGAAUAAUCACCACCAAAAUCAACUUCACGGAUCCAAUUUCUCCCAUCAUGGAGAGCGACAAGCUGACAACAACAAACAAGUUAACAGAAAAAUCUUCAGACGACCUUCCUGGAAGAAAUUGAUCAACAAAAUGGUACAGCACAUGUCGAGCGUAGGGAUUCAGCAUCAGAAACCUACAAAUUGCGAUAGCUUGAGUCUCAGUACAAACGAUAUCAGGGUUCCACCUCCGAGACCAGCGCACAUACCUCUGGAUCGAGUUCCCGGUGUAAUAGGUCUCAGGAAUCACGGAAAUACCUGCUUUAUGAACGCUGUCCUUCAGUGCUUGUCGCACACUGAUAUUUUGGCGGAGUAUUUUGUUCUCGAUCAGUAUAAAGUUGAUCUAUCGAGAAGGAAUAAACUAAACUCUAAGAAAUAUGGAACCAAGGGUGAAAUUACUGAGCAGCUUGCACUGCUCCUCAAGGCAAUAUGGAGUUGCCAAUACGACCCGGAGAUGAGCACUGCCUUUAAAAGUGUUGUAGAUAAAUACGGGAGUCAAUACAGAGGAAAUCUGCAGCAUGACGCUCAAGAAUUUCUGCUUUGGCUUUUGGACAAAGUACACGAGGACCUGAACCAGGCUACCAAAAAGAAGUACAAGAUUAUAAAGAAUUCUUUUGGCAGACCAGAUGACAUAGUGGCGGCGGAAACUCUCGCUAAUCACGUGAGAUGCAAUAAUUCAUUCGUCCACGCGGUCUUCCAGGCACAAUUUCGGUCGAGUUUGACCUGCCCGAGAUGCCACAGGCAAUCCAAUACUUUCGAUCCUUUUUUAUGCGUUUCUGUACCGGUACCGCAAAAUCAAAAACAGAUCAAUUUGUUUAUAAACGUUCUUUACACGUCGCAACAACCGAGACAGGUGAAAAUUGGCGUGAGCGUCAAUCAAGCGGCGAACGUCAAAGAACUGAGAGAAAUAUUAGCCAGCGAUACCGGAAUACAGGAAGAUCACAUGCUUCUUACAGAAGUACACGACGAGGGAUUUCACAGGACCUUUUCCGACUGCCAGCCAUUAUCUGUGAUUACGGAAAACGAUCCGCUCUAUUGUAUAGAGUUACCUCAGCUAAAGGAACCUACGGAGCAGGCUUAUAUUUUACUCGUAUGGAUAAACGUUCUGGUCAAAGGUGAUCUCAGGGAGAGAUUCGGUAGUCCUUACACGAUGCAGGUGUCCAGAGAAACUUCGUACGAAGAUCUUCAGAAACUGUUGCUCAAAGAGAUGCAUACGACAUUGUCGGACGAUGUUUUGACAUCCAGUCAGAGUCCGGGUCUCUUUAAUAUCAGAGUAGCGGAUCCCGCCGCCACUCCUGUACAGGACGAGCAUCCUUGCAUAGAUCCUUGCAUCGAGCACCCCCUUUACACGGAACAAAUCGAACAGGCUCUGGCUCUCUGUGCGGAUGAUUCGGGACCGCAACACGUCAAAUUAAUCCUGGAAUGGGACGAAGCUACGAAGGGUAACAUCAUUCAGGACGAUUCCGACCAGAUAGAAGAACACGCUAGCGUCAAACAGUUGAAGACUAACUCCGAACAAGGAGGUGCUGUCACGCUGGAGGAGUGCUUCGAUCUUUACACAAGAGCCGAAGUGCUGGGAGCAGAGGACGCUUGGCACUGUCCGUAUUGUAACAGAAAACAAGAAGUUGUUAAGAAACUUGGACUCUGGUCCCUGCCGGAUAUUCUGGUAAUUCAUUUGAAAAGAUUCAAGCAACAGUCCAAGCAAAGGUCCACCUCCAAAUUGACAACGCUAGUUGAUUUCCCCCUCUACGGAUUCGACAUGACACCGCACUUAGCGCACAAUAACAUGCAGACGCACACCAACUUGAAUAUGCUCGGUGGUUUGGGUUGGUCGCCGUGGAAGAAACCGAGGCCCAGACAAAACCUUCCCAAGUAUGACGAAAAUGUUUACGAUCUUUACGCAAUCUGCAAUCAUCAUGGGCAAGACCUUCAGGGCGGUCAUUACACGGCCUUUUGUCGCAAUCCCUACGAUACUCAGUGGUAUUGUUUCGACGAUACCAGAGUGGAGGCCGUAACAGAUACGAAUCUGAUAACGAGUGCAGCUUACAUGUUAUUCUAUCAGAGGAGAGGACUCACCAAUAAUUCGGCUGGAAACUCCUCGGCAGCUUCAACCAGCUCCGCGGGGUCGGGCCUCGAUCAUUGGGUAUCGAGAAUGCCGCCGUUUUACUUCAGUAAUAAGAAUACGAGUAACGUUGCCGGCAACAAGCAGAGUAAAUCUCAGGAGGUACUGUGUCAGGAUAAAAUCGUGGAAGAGAAAAAUUUGAACAACUUCAACAGAGGAUGUAGGAACUACGCGACGCUUCAACCGAAGAAAAAAAACGUUGCCACCGAAACUGACACCGGAGAAAUCGAUCAUUACUCCGACGACGAAGCACCCUCGAGAAGAGAAUGGGCGUCACCGAAGCCGGUCAGAAAAACGUCGUCGAUUGCACUGACUCCUCUACUCCCAGCUUUAAUUCAUAACGAGAACGGUGAGCCAGAACCCGCUGUUAUACACGAAUCGACUUUGUAACACACAAUUUAAGUCGGAGGUAAGUCCCGACCGAUCGUAAAGCGGGUGGUGGACGUUGCGGCAAUUGAUUCGCAAUUUAUGUUAACGAUUAAAGAAAAGAAAAUAUUGAUAAUAUUAAUUAAAAGAUGGUCAUUUUACGAAAGUCUGAAAAAACUGUUGUAAGUAAAAAGACAGUGAAUAUAAUCUUCAAGUUUUGUAUUUUAAAUAUUGAUUCAUGUGUGAUUGUUCGUCUGACGAGUGAUGACGUGUAUGCAUACGAAAUUUGUGUACAGUUUUUGGAAAUAGUUUAAUAAAAAAGACGAAAAUAAAGGGAAUAAGAAUCGUGCAAGAAGAUAAGACGAAAAUAAAAUGAAGAUCUCAAAAAUAAAACGCUCUUUAACAGAAAAAAAAAAAAACUAUUUCUAAUUAUUGAUUUAAAAUAUAAAUACAUUAUAUAUUGUAUGCUCUAUCGUUUGAACUUGAGUAAUUUACGUAUUUAUAAUAUAUUAUCUAACGUACAUAUUUGUACACCAAUGUAUGAUUUAAAUGUUAUAUAGAAUCUAUAUAUAUAUAUAUACAUACUUUGUGCAGGUAGUUUUAUAGGGAGACCGUCCUCUGAACGUAGGAAGUGUCUACGCCAAAGUUAGGCGAGGGGUCUUUCCAUACAUAGAUUAUUUCUUCCUAUCGACCUAGAUUGUUAUACAUCAGAGAGAGGUAAUGUAAUUGCUCACCAAUUAAAUGUCAUCGUCAUUAUGCAUUUCUAUUUGACAAUUUUCACCGACUAGAGGUUUAAUCAUAGGGAUUUAGAUUUUGAUAUUUUGGUGAUAUAAAACCGUAGUUUGUUCGACUUAUUGAACUACCGAAAAACUCAUGUACUCUGUUUCGAAUAGUGUGAACAAUAAUCAACCCUCUUCAUUUCCCUUUUUAAUAUAUACAUUCUCCUUCUCCAACGUGGUGUGAAAUUGGAAUGCAUUACAUUGACGAAUCUGCGUUAGAUAUAAUAUUUAUAUUGUAUUUGUAUCACCCACUAGUGGCCUUAUCGACUAAUUAACAUUGAACAUACAUAGAAUAACGAGAUUGGUAUAAUAUUUGCAUUAUGUAUAACGUUUUAUUACCAUGUACUAUAUGAAUUAUUAUGUAUAACACUUUAAUACAACGUCAUUCGUGUCGGUUUACACCGACUAAUGAUCGUAGCUAAACCGAUGAAAUUCAGCAGUUGUAUAUCAAUAUUAUAUCAUCAAUUUUUAACGAAUCAUAAUCAUUCCAGAUUGUCGUUAUUACGAAAGAAGAGAGAUGGAGAUGAGAAAAAAAAAAAAAAACUCAAUUUGAAGAAUUUUCAAAUUACUAUAAUUAACAACAUUAUUGCUAGUCACAUACCGUGGACAGAGUUUAGAUGAGAGAAAACGAUAAUUUAACGAUAUCGAAAGACGAAACUCAAACGAACAUUAUUCUAAAGAUACAGCAUUCAUACAGUUCUAUGAAAUAAUUCCACCGGUUUUUUUGUCAUUUUAAUUUUUUUUUUUAUUUUAAUUCAUGAAUAUCGGGUAUUCAUUGUAAAUUUAUAUGAAAUAAAAUUCAGAUCACUUGUUGAGUGUCCUUUGCAUGUAACGUCUAUGGUUAAAAAUUUUGCAUCAAUCAUCGCAUCUUUUUUUAGUCCGUAUCUUCUAGUAGACGGUAAAAUCUUUAGGAAAUCUCGAGAAAUUUUCGUAUUUAUAACGAACACUACGAUGAAGUUUUCUGAAAUAUUUUAUAUCUUGUUCGCUCAGAAAUGAAUAUGUUAUAGUAAUAUAUAAAACGCUGAUAAUAAUCACUCUGUCCAUUUGAAAUUUAAGCCACUUUCAAAUAUUAUAUCCAUCGGAAAUGUGGAUACGCUCAUUGUCAAGCCUUAUACAUCCUGUAAUUUCACUUAUCUAGAUUAGUGAUGUUUGUUUUUUGAUUCAUUUUUUUUUUUUUCGUUUUUUGAUUCGGCUCUGAGGGUUAAUCGGAUGUAAUGAUGUACGACUGUAGAUUGAUUAACGAUGAUAAUUAUCGCGUAAAGUGCUAGUCUAGUUAUAAAGAAAAACUAUAUACAAUACACAUGUAUGUAUAUAAAAAAAAAUCAAAUGUAUAUCGUGUAUAUAAUCAUAUGCAUAGUUCGAUCUGUUGUAAACUUCGUAUAUUUAGUUUACAAAAUUCGAUAAUUUAGCGGAUACCAAAGUAGGUAUGGAUAAUCAUCAAAGAGUAUGGAACUUCCUUUUCGCGAAUAUCCAUAACGUUCUAUAAUCAGGUUGUUCAACCCUAUAAUUCUUAGGUACUUACAAUCGUGUAACGAUACUUAAGAGCUGAAGUAAACUUGUAGGGUUUGAUGAUUCUCACUUUUAGAAAGAGUUCAAAUCUAUAGUAAAAACAGAAUGAAAAAGUAAGUAACUAAAUGAAUAAUUCUAUUUACCGACUCAAAUGAAAACCGCUAAAAAAUCGUGACACUAAGAUAAAUGACCAACGUUACAAUGUUAUUGACUCUAGUAAUAUUAAUAACGAUAAUUUUUAGACUAAACAAUAUUACAUGUUAAAUAGCUACGAAAAUUUAACGACUGAUAACACGAAGUUUCCAUCACCCGACCAUGGCGUUUUCGGUGACUAUUAUAAAUGCCUUAUAUAAUAUAUAUAAAAAUGAAAAUUAAACUUUCGAUAUUAUUCCGAUACCCUCAGAGCCUUCAGGUAUACAAUGUAAUAUACAUACGUUAUAUAUAUACCAUAUAUUUUUCCUCCAAUGUCGCCACAGGUGCGAAGUGCAGCACCGACUAAAAAUAUCCGGGCAUUAAUUAAUAAUAACUAUAACAAUUUAUAGCGAGAUCCAGAAUAUUCAAACAUUUCUAUCAUUAUUUUCAAUUCGAAUCUGUCGAAUGUUCAUCCCCCUCUUUCCUACCCCAUUUAUCUAAUCGUUGAAUGAAAAACCCAUACAUGCAGAACAGACACAUAACAAACAACAACAUUAUAACAGUAGACAUUAAUAUAAAUAGUAUAUUGCAUAGCUAGUGGAAUAUCUCGGUCCACACGCUAUGCACUAUAUUUUGUUCAACAAUUCCUUGAUUCUCGAGAUUUAUUCUGAUCUGCGAAGUAGAGUCUUAGCUGAUAGAAACUAUUUGUGCAGUAUUAACUUUCUUCAGGAUGAAUAAUUGUCUCGGUAUCAGUAACUGAAGCAAUGUUCAUUAAACGACCAAAGUUGUAACACGAUUUCGGAUCUUUAUGAAUUUCGAAUGAGUCGCAAUUCGUUUUGGUAUUUCUGCAAAUGUACUAAUACCAAAAACCCGAACAGUCCAUCUGCGGUUUCUGUAAUUAGAGAAAAAGAAAAAAAGUCUUGGGGAAUUCGCAUAUUUUUCAACAAGGCGACGACUGUCGUGACUGUGUCAUUUAGGGUUUGCUUCGCAGAUACAUGAUAAAAGCUCGACAAUCGGGCAUGCGUUGAAUAAAAAAAACAUUAUAACGGUAGAAAUUGAUAUAAAAAGACUUGAUUUCAAUGAUACGAUGCAUAAGCCUGAAUAAAACUGAUGAUAAAAUCUUAAAA